UUUGUGAAGCCAACCCCUUAUGCCUAGCUCCUCCUCUGAUAUUAAGAUGACACUUUUUAUAGAGCUUCAGCUUCUAUGCUGCCAUUAUUCCUUUGUGGGAUCCGAGACCAGGAGGUGACAAAAGAGCCACCAUGAGCCAAGUGACAAUCAAGGACCUUGAAGUCCUCAACUGUGAAUAUGGCAAGAAUACAAUUAAGUUCCUUCGCCUUCAUAAAGAAGGAAAGAAACAGUUUGUUAAAGAAGUGGAAGUGUGUGCGCAUCUCCGGCUGACAUCUCCUCAGGAGUACCUGGAUGGAAACAAUUCUCUUGUGAUACCUACAGACACCAUAAAGAAUAUUGUCCUUGUGUUGGCCAAAAAAAAUGGGAUCCCAAGUUUAGAACAAUUUGCUAUAGAUAUCUGCAAUCACUUCAUGACAACAUUUUGCCAAGUGGCGUACGUCAAAGCCUACGUUCAAGAAGUACCAUGGCAACGUCUGCAUGAGGAUGGCGUUCCCCACAUCCACUCAUUCAUAUGUGUUCCUGAUGGGAUCCGCUUUUGUGAAGCUGAGCAGUGCCGGAAUGGUCCUCUGAUUGUCUUUGCUGGAAUUAAGGACCUGAAACUUAUGAAGACAACACAGUCUGGAUUUGAAGGCUUCUAUAAGAAUGAACACACCACGCUUCCUGAAAGACAUGACAGGAUUCUAUGUGGAGAGUUCUUCUGCAAAUGGUCAUAUGGCGAAUGCAAGGAUUUUGACUUUAACUGCAUAUGGAAAAAAAUCCGUGAAUGUAUCCUUGAAUCCUUUGCUGGACCACCUGACUGUGGGGAAUAUUCACCCUCUUACCAGAAAACUGUCAACUGCAUCCAGAUGCUUGUCCUUUCCAGAGUGCCACAGGUACAGGUCAUAGAAGUCGUCUUGAACAACACUUUUUAUAAUGUUGUAGACAUGAAGAAUCUAGGCUUGACCAAUGACAAAGAAGUUUUGGUUCCAGUGGAAACUCCUUAUGGCUCCUGUACUUGCACACUUGGCCGGAAGUCAUUUUUUGAAGCACAAGGCCACAUGCUGAGAGAUGAGAGGAAAUGUCAGUUUGGACUGGCAGCUGCCCAGGAAAACUAAACAUCUUGGCUCUGUGCAACCUUCCUGAUAAACUUAACAGCAUGGCUUUCCUAUCAAUGUUUACUCCUUAUUGGCCUCUUCUACUGCUGACUACUUUUCCCUCUAUGAACUCCUGAACAUGGGAUUUAUGAAGGACGCUCAGGAAAUUGGAAAUCAAAGUCUGUCCCUGACUUCCAGAGCGAUUUGCAGACUGAAGUGUCCUAAGCUCUUUGGAAAAUCCCAGCUGGAAACAUUAGGUAAAUUAAUUUUUAAACUAGCUAUUCCUAGACCUUUUAAUGAAACAAAUAAUUUGAUGCCUGUAACAUGUUUUUGACAUAUAAAAUCAGGAAAUCUCUAUAUUCUCUUUAUUAAUAUUUCUUCAGUAAAAUGAAUAUACAGGCAUAAGACCUGCUGUUUCAUUGACAUAACCUGUCAUGAUCCCUUGAUGCCACACUGAUCUACAGAGCUGAGGUUCUGAACCAGUGACUGAAUGGGGAAUCAGUCAGAAUCAGGAUUUCUUUAGGCAGAAAAUGAGGAAGGAAAAAAAAGCAUCUCUCAUAUUUCCUUUGUGGAGUAAUAGUUACAGCUGUUGACUACUUUCUCUGCAUGUAAUCUGACUGCAUGACUGCUGCUGCUACUCAUCAGACUGUAGUUACUAUAGUACCUUUACAGUAAUCACUGAGGUCAUUUGAGGGUUUAGGCUAUCUCUGUAGGUUUAAUUAAAUAGUUUUCUUUAUUCUAAUAAUCUUAUCAUGACUUCUGAGCAGGCAGGAGUCAACCUAUGUAGCCCUAUUACAUUUGGGAGGGGUAGGGAGAAAACUAGACAGAUAAUGCAUAUUCUACUUUUUAGUUACCCCAGGUGAUAUCUUUGAACGUUGAGAUAAAACAAUACAGUCAAUGACUCUCAUCUCACAAACUGUGGCUACCACAUUUGCAACAGGAAUCAUCCUGAGCUUCCAACAGCUUCUAACCCUUUCUUUCAUUUUCUCCGAGUGUCAUUUUCACAGACUCCAUGUGACAGAGUACAAAUCGAGUGGGAAGUACCCAAAGUAAAAACUGUAGUUAAGUUGCCUUUGUGCCUCCUGAGUUUGGCAGACAUGCAGCACUGCUCUGGGUACAAUCAUUAAAUUCAUAGGCACCAAAAAUGGGGGAGAUGUCCUGCUCUGUGUGAUAUUUUGAGGUGCUUUGCAAGAUAGAAACUUGCCUUGAUGAGCAGGGUGUAACAGAUGCAAGAGAAGAACAGUCCAGCAGCCUGAGCUAUCCCCUGAACAGCAGGAAAAAUGACACCACGGAGUGAGGCUGUCCCAGCUGUGAUGUUCUCUGGCCACCAGCCAAUUCUGAAAGCUUUAUUUACAAAACUUCUAGCUUUUCCUGGGGACGUUCUUGCUUACCUUCUUAGAUUGUGUUGUAUUGUACUUGCGGGUUUAUGUCUUGCUACUUCUGUCACUUCUAGGUGCUUUUAAUUUAUUAAUGUAUCUUUUAAAGGCAAAUAAAGAGCAACAUCAAAAAACAAA